AUGUCUAUGACGAACAGCAUCGAUCGCCAGUAUGAGCUGUUCGGCGUUAUCGCGCGUGCUGUCGAGAACCUCCACAAACUCGGCCCGGCAAAAACCACCCGUGGUGCUGUGCAAAGUCGCCUCGCGAUCCUGAAAUCGAAUUGGGACAAAUUCCAAGCCCAACAUGACAGUUUAUACAAUCAGCGAUCGCCAGAAACCUUACAGCUAGCCUACUUUGCCGACGAUCUUCACGGGCAGUGUGAAGAACAAUUUGCUGACGCCCAGGGCACCAUGCUCAAUAUCCUCGAGAGUUUUGAGUCCCCAACCCCGCAGUGCUCACAUGCCCCCCGCGCGAGUGGAACCCCGCAGAGCACAUCAUCUGGAAGCACUUGGAACCCGUCUUCCGCAUCGCAUUCUCGACGCUUGCCCCGCAUCGAUUUACCGAAUUUCAACGGUGAUUACUCGCAAUGGCAUCAUUUCAAGGACCUCUUCGCAUCGAUGAUCAACGCGAAUGCCGAGCUAUCAGCCGUCGAGAAACUCCAUUAUCUUAAGAUGAGCCUGUCUGAUGAGCCGGCUACGCUCUUAAAAAGUAUCGAAAUCUCAAGCAAUGGAUUCACUCGGGCAUGGGACACACUCAUCGCUCGCUACGAUAAUAAGCGUAUCCUCAUAGAAGCCCAGCUCUCCGCGCUAUUCUCAAUUCGCAAGGCCAAGUCCGAAUGCUCGUCCGAGGUAAAGCGACUCCUCUGCGAGCUGAAGGAAGCAAUUGGAGCCCUCGCUACGUUAGGUUGUCCAGUGCAACACUGGGAUCUUAUCCUCAUUUUCAUGACAGUUCGUCAAUUAGAUGUUGAAUCUGUUAAAGAAUGGGAGAAAUCGCUCGGAGCUUCAUCUGAAGCCCCAUCGUUUGCCGACUUCGAGAAAUUCCUUCUCGGUCGCAUUCUCACUCUCGAAGCCUUCGAGCGAACGACGACCUCUCGAAAGCCGCAACAAGCGAAUUCGUCACGAUCUUUUGGUAACGCGCGAAUACAUACCGCUGCAGUGAGUGAACAAAAAUGCGCGCUGUGCUCAUCAAGCCAUUAUAUCUCAUCAUGCCCCAAAUACCUCGGGAAAACGCUCGACCAGCGAAGGGAAGUGGUCAUAUCGAAGAAUCUGUGCUUCAAUUGUCUCGGACCUCAUCAACUGAAGGCAUGCCGCUCCGCGAAGCGAUGCCGCUUCUGCCGUAAGCCACAUCACUCCACGUUACACUUGCCAGCUGGUGACUCAACUAUCGCCUCAAAUGCCUCGUCUGGCUCGUCGCCGUCAACUUCAGCGUCGACCUCAUCUCCACCAGCUACUCAUACCGCAAGUAUUCAUCAGCACGAAUCCGCCGCUCCUCAAGAUAGUCUUGAGCACACGUUCGGCUCCGUGACAUCAAAUCACCUUUCUCAAUCGCGGAUUAUUCAUCGCACUCCAGCCUUGUUGGCUACUGCUCUCGUAGAUGUCGUUUCAUCCAGCGGAGAUCUCUACGAAGUGCGAGCUCUUCUCGAUCAAGGCUCGGAAGUCUCGUUUAUCUCAGAAUCGGUCGCGCAGCUGCUCAAACUCUCGCGCCGUGCUGCGGCGAUCCCAAUUAUCGGAAUCGGUGCUCAACGCUCAAGUGUCUCAAACGGAGCAGUUUCUCUCAAAGUAAUCUCGCAAGUAAACAAAGCUAUCUCUCUCGAAACCGACGCUCUCGUAUUGCCGCGAUUGACUGCUUACUUGCCCCCCGCGCGAGUGGAAUUCACUCAGUGGCCGCAUAUUCAGGGACUCAAACUCGCGGAUCCAAGCUUUGCCACGCCCGGAAAGAUUGAUCUCAUUCUCGGUGCUAAUGUGUACGCUCAAAUUCUCGAAGACGGCAUUCGUCGAGGAAAGAUCGGUGAACCCAUCGCUCAAAAGACAUCUCUUGGAUGGGUGCUAUCUGGACCUCUCUCUAACGACACUCGGGAGAUCAACGCCUCAGACGAAACUUCCAUUAUUGGUCUUCAGUGCUCUCUCGAUCAUGAGCUCCUCGAGCUCCUUCAACGCUUCUGGAAACAAGAAGACCUCGCGCCAUCAUCGCAGAUAUCUAUGUCACCAGAAGAAUCUCAGUGCGAAGAGCAUUUCAAGACUACUCAUACUCGCGACGUCAACGGUCGAUUCGUUGUACGCCUGCCGUUCAAGAAAAGUGUUAGUGAGUUCGGUGACUCGCGCUCUAUCGCACUCAAGAUGCUGCAUCGAAUGGAAAAGCGAUUCGAAGCGAAUCCCUCUCUCAAAAUUCAAUAUACCGACUUCCUGCGUGAGUAUCGUGUUCUCGAUCACAUGCGCUCCGUCGCCGCGUCAGAGCGCGCUCCGGCUCGCGAGUUUUUUCUCCCACAUCACGGAGUUACGCGUGAAACCAGCACGACCACUAAACUUCGCGUCGUAUUCAACGGAUCGCAGAAAACGAAUCUCGGAAUUUCGCUAAAUGAGUGUCUCCAUAUCGGACCGAAAUUGCAGACGGAUCUCGCGGAUAUCUUACUCCGGUGGCGCCGGCAUCGAUACGUAUUCGCGACCGAUAUCGAGAAGAUGUAUCGGCAAAUUCGCGUGCACGAGAACGAUUGGCCGCUUCAGAAAAUUCUCUGGCGAAACUCUCCCGAUGAAAGGCCUCAAGAGUAUGCAUUGUGUACAGUCACAUACGGCCUCGCGAGUGCUCCGUAUCUCGCGCUACGUUGCCUGCAGCAACUCGCUCUAGAAUCCGCGCCAACUCACGCGCUCGCUGCCGAAGUUCUUCGUCGCGACACCUAUGUCGACGAUGUUCUCUCCGGCGACGAAAGCAUCCCUCGAGCGAAAAGGAAAAUCUCGCAGCUGAACGACGUUCUCACGGCGGGCGGAUUUACUCUCAAAAAGUGGAUCGCUAACGACUUAAAUCUCCUCGACGAAAUUCCAACUUGUGAUCGCGAAUCAUCGCCUACGGUAUCAGUUAGCGACAAUACAAUGCAUCAUACUCUCGGCGUGCGGUGGGAACGUCAAUCGGACAAUUUUAUAUUCUCGGCCCCGUCGCUCGCAACCUCGAAUAACCGCGUUACAAAGCGCUCGGUAUUGUCGCUCAUCGCGCGCAUGUUUGACCCUCUCGGAUGGAUCGCGCCGAUAAUCGUUACCGCUAAGAUUUUCAUGCAAGAUCUGUGGGCCAUCCGCCUCGACUGGGACGACGAACUCCCAGAAGAUCUGAAAUCUCGCUGGACUAACUACGUCACGCUACUCAAUGGCGUCUCUCAUAUUUCAAUCCCUCGUUGGUUCGGGAUCAGUUCAUCGAAUCUCGCCGUGGAAGUGCACGGCUUCGCGGAUGCGUCGCAGAGUGCUCUCGCCGCCGUUGUUUAUCUCCGCGUUCUCAAUGACAAUGAGAACGCUCAAGUGAAAAUGAUUUGUGCGAAGACAAAGGUGGCCCCUCUCAAACGUUUGACUAUACCGCGACUUGAACUCUCGGCGGCUGCGCUACUCGUGCGUCAAGUGAAGAAAAUUCGCGAAGUGCUCGACUUGAAUCAAGCUCCAAUUCAUCUCUGGACCGAUUCAACGGUCGCACUCACGUGGAUCAAAAGUCAUCCAUCGCGUUGGAAAGACUUCGUCCGGAAUCGCGUCUCGUUUAUACAAGAGCUCUCAAACUCCAGGUGGCAUCACGUCGCCGGGAAAGAAAACCCAGCAGACCUCGCAUCACGCGGAGUAAAUCCUCAACGUCUCCAACUAGAAGAAUUGUGGUGGACCGGCCCUCAUUGGUUACGUACGCGCUCUAUAUCGUGGACGGCUUCCACGCCUAUUCACGAAUCUACAGAUGAUCUCGAAGAACGAGCCCCGCGGUGCACAACGGCAUUCAAAGAUCGCGAGCAAAAUCUCUGGAUGCUCGAUCAAUACUCGUCGCUAAGGACUCUGCUGAGAAUAACUGCUUGGGUUCAGCGUGCUCUUAAACGCUUUCGGAAGGAUGUAACAUCACCGUCGUCUCACGAGCCUCUCACAGUGGAAGAGAUAGAAUCCUCACUCAAAUGGUGGGUCAAAUGCACGCAGCAGGCCUACUUCUCAGCUGAAAUUAAAAGCUUGAAGAGCCAGAAUCCACUACCAAUUUCAAACGAUCUACGCCGUCUAACUCCGUUUCUCGACACCGACGGGCUCCUACGACUACGCGGACGUCUACUACGCGCUUUACUCGAUCCCGCGGAAAAACAUCCCCUCAUCUUGCCUCGAGAAUGUCGAUUGACGACACUCGUGAUUCAUCAUCACCAUCGAAAAACUCUCCAUGGCGGGCCGCAACUCACUCUAUCAUCGAUUCGCCAAAAAUUUUGGAUUAUCGGAGGUCGCAUUCCCAUCAGAGCAUUCAUCCACAAGUGUGUCAUCUGCGCUCGUCAUCGGGCUACCACUGGUCAACAGGCGGUCGGACAACUUCCAGCAUCCCGUGUAAUUCCGGGCCGCCCAUUCUUACACAUUGGAGUCGACUAUGCCGGACCAGUGACUCUCAAAACCGUUCGAGGACGAGGCUCCAAAGCUUACAAAGGAUACUUCAUCAUUUUCGUCUGCUUUAGCACUUCCGCAAUACAUUUAGAAGUCGCUACUGAUUACUCUACGGAAGGAUUUCUCGCGGCAUUCAAACGAUUCACGGGACGACGAGGCAUCUGUUCCACCAUCACGAGCGACUGCGGCACCAAUCUGAUCGGUGCCGACGCAGAGCUCAAGCGACUGUUCACCGCCUCCUCCCGAGAAUGGACUCACCUAGCCAAUGUCCUCACAAGUGACGGAGUAACAUGGAAAUUUAAUCCACCUUCCGCCCCCCACUUUGGUGGAAAAUGGGAAGCCGGCGUGAAAUCUGUUAAAUUUCACUUGCGGCGAGUUAUCGGUGACGCUACUCUCACUUAUGAGGAAUUAUCAACUCUACUAGUACAAAUCGAAGCCAUCUUAAAUUCCCGCCCACUAAUCGCUCUCUCGGAUGAUCCGUCAGAUCUCACCGCUCUAACGCCAGGUCAUUUUAUCAUCGGAUCGGCUCUCUCCACCGUGCCGGAGCCCUCGCUCCAAGAAGUAUCGAGAAAUCGGUUGUCGCGUUGGCAACUUCUACAAACGAUGAAGGAAUCAUUCUGGCAAAGAUGGUCAUCGGAAUACUUGCAGCAAUUACAGACUCCCUCGAAACGUCAUCGGCCUCAAGAUGCCUUCCAAAAGGGCUCUCUCGUUCUAAUCAAGGAUGAACGUUUCCCUCCAUCGAAGUGGCCCCUCGCGCGCAUUACUCAUGUGCACCCUGGAGUCGACGGUCUUAUUCGCGUCGUCACCGUAAGGACAGCUACCUCGACGUUUAAACGACCCAUAGUGAAGCUGUGUUUAUUGCCAGUUGAAAACAAAGAGUCCGUACAAGAACCCUAA